AUGGAUUUCCCCCACUAUCUCCUCCCGUUCUUUGAUUCUCUUGGUGGAGCUGUGCUCCUAUAUGAGCUCCGCUUCCUCAACACCACCCAGUGCUCUGCCACCGCCCGCCUUAAUGCACUCAACUGCUUUGAUGCUAAGUCCGCCCAAGAACUUACCCGCACAGUCAAGGAUUUCCCCAGUCGCACCGGCAAUGAUGGCUGGACUUGCUUCUCCAUGGAUAGCCCUUGCGAUUGCCUUGCUUACUAUAUGUACUUCUUAUUGAGCUUGGAGGCACUCGCGACGCCGGCUUGGGUUGCGAUGUUGGAGAAGGCGUUGGAUUUGGCGGGGACGGAGUCGUCUAAGGCACUGGGGAAGGCGUUGGAUUCUCUCUGCUAG